UUUGCUGUAGCUUAUGUUGGCUCUUAUGUGAUAAAGAGCUACAACAGCUUUGAAGACUUUGUGUCUAAUAAGUACUCCGUCAUCCCAGCAGCCAUUAUAAUCGGUGUGGCAGUGGUCAUGUUUGUCAUCGGGAUCGUUGGCUGCUGUGCAACUCUGAGGGAGUCCAAAGUCGGUUUAGGCUUUUUUCUUCUCAUCAUCAUGGUAAUCUUCGCAGCCGAGGUGACCGCUUUUGUGUUUGGCUUCAUCUACAGGGGAAGAAUUAAGGGUGACCUAGAAAAGUCAAUGAACAGCGUCUUUCAAAAGUAUGAUGGUGUGAACAGUGAAACCCAUGCAGUGGAUUACUUGCAAUCCCAAUUGGAGUGCUGUGGGGUGAAUAACAUCACAGACUGGACUGCAAUACCAUGGUUUGUCCAACAUAACAACUCUGUGCCACAUUCCUGCUGCAAAGCAAACGCUACACAAUGCACUGGUCAACUCACCCAACUAGAUCUUCUGAACACAAAGGGAUGUGAAGCUAAACUGGAGCAGAUGCUUCAGGAUGUGCUUAGUUAUGCAAUGUUGGUCAUCCUGGGAUUUGCCAUCAUUAAGUUGUUUGGGAUGCUCAGCAUCUGUGUCAUUGCCUGCAGAAGCAAGAAGAAUGACUAUCAGCCUCUGUAUGCGUGAUAGUAUAAUCUCCUGAAUCACUCUCUAGUCUCUACAUUCUCGAUACUGUGCAGCUAAAAACAGCCUCACUGGCACCAUAAACAACAGUGGUUUAAAGGUGUGACAGGUGUGUGGUCAGAAAAACACUGAACAUUAUCAAAUGAUCAAAGAGGUGUCUGAAAACCAUGUGACAUUAAGUAGUUUUGCUGACAAAUAUGUUUAUGCUGGCCCUUGACAAAUACUGUAUGUCUAUGCCUCCAACUCCACAAAAGUUUUAGAAAAAGUUAUAUAGGAGCACUUCACCAAAUGUUUAAAAUGUAGAUCAAACUUUAGUGUUGAUAGAUGCAAGUACUUCAUUUUUAAGGAUUUUAUGUUUCUGUGGGGUUUAGUUUCGACAUUAGUGUUUUUUUUUUUUUUUUUUUUUUGGCUGCUGUUGUCCAAAUGAUAUCUGUCUUAGUUGUCUGUUUACGUGCAGUGUUUUUUUUUUUUUUUUUUUUUUUUCUGAUGUCCAAAUUAUACCUGUCUUAUACUCAUCUAUGUUUAUUAUGUUCAUUAAAAGAAUUUCGCUUAACAGAAGGAUAUUAAAUUAUUGAAAUAAACUGGUCUGAAUAUGUUUCUAAA